AAGUGCAUCAUAAUAAAAUCAGCUGUUUCUUGUUUCGAAAAAAAUCCAUAUUUAAAUUUCUUAUAAUCUAAACUUUAUACUCUUAACAAAGCCAAGUAGUAAUUUUCGUAAAAAAUUGAGCUAAAAUUUACGUUUUCGUUUUUCGAAAGUGUACUUAAAAUACUCAUUCAAGAGUGAACUUUUCUCGAAUAAGAGUCAGUGUUUGGAAAUUUGUUAGCUUAUUUUUUAUCAAAUGUACAUUUUGGGAUGUUUCAGUUUUCAACGGUCUUACAUAUCUGCAUUGGAAACCUGUAAAAUAUAGGAGGACCUAAGUGGAUCACAACAUGUCUGAAGCAAAUUUAUCACAAAUAAUAAAAAGAGAACCAGUUGAAGAGAGUGCAGAGCAUUCAACAACAAUCAAGUUGGAAAAAGAAUUUCCGGAAAAUCCUCAAGUCAUUAAACCAACGACAACAACUUCCUUAUGCUUCAUAAAUGCGGACCAUACCAAGGUCAUUUUAGUCCCAGUAGUGGCCGUUCGUCGCCCCAAACAGGAACCGGAAAAAACCGAAGUCACACAGUUUUCCAGCGAAACGAUAGUGAAAGAGGAGCUCAUUAUCGAGGAAAUUAACGAAUCAGAAGACGCAACGGAUGACUCGAGGAUUCCUGAUGGAAGCAGAGAUCUGUUUUGUCAAGAAUGUAACAAAACCUUCAACUGCAGACGAUCGUACAACACCCACCGAUUGAGACACUCCAAUAUCAAAAACAUUAAAUAUCCGUGCAGUUACUGUGAAAGACCCUUUGCCACGCGGCGCGAUCUCACUCGACACGUGCACAGAGUGCAUUUUCAGAGCAGCGCGCGGUCAGCCGUGGCCAACCGGAUCCGGAAAUGUCCGCUAUGUCCCACGUUGAGUGACACCAACGACAGCUACCGGAGCCAUCUGCUGACUCACGAGCGGCAGCUGCAGAGCAUGUUCCGCUGUGAAUAUUGCAGCAUGUGUUUCUUCGAGCAGGAUUCACUGCGGCAGCACGUUGCGCAUGAAAAGUGCGAAAAGUUGCCCAAAUAUGACGUUGUCGAGGAAAAUGGUAUGUUUAAAUGCGGCGAGUGUAAUCAAGCGUUUUUAUUGCGGCGAUUAUGCCAGCAGCACAUCAAGAGACAUUCGGCAAUUCGAAACAAAACGUUCGAGUGUGAUACCUGUGGAAAGCUGUACGGAACCAACUCGGAACUGCUGAGACACGCACGAUCCCAUGGUGGCGAGCCAACUGCAGGCAAACCGAAGCCAGUCACUCCCAGCGAAGCGGAAACUACCAAACUUUACCGGUGUUCCGAGUGCCCGAAGACGUUUCUGGACUUGGCCGGGUGUGAGCGGCACAUCCGGAGGCAUGAAAACGUAAGAAAUGGAACGUUCCAGUGUGGCGAGUGCGGCAAGCCCGAACCACCGGCCAACUUCCACCAUCCGGAAGUUCCCGUUGCACUUCCGGACCAGAAACCGAACAUCUCAAACUUCAGCUUCCCAAGCGUGGUAAAGGAGGAACUGAUCUUAGAGGAUGACACCCCACCUUUUGAACCGGCUAGCGGCGUCCCUGACGGUCCGGAACCGGUUACACCCGGCUUGAACCAGUACGCCUCUGCUGAGGAGGACAGUAACGGUCCCAGCAGCGACAUCACUCCCGGAAAAUUUGCAUGCACAAUUUGCCAGCUGUCGUUUCCUAAAAAGCGCGAUAUACAGCGGCACCAGCGGGAAGAACAUAAGCAGCUGUAUUUCUGCAACACCUGCGAUAAGAGCUUCGACAAGCCGUGCCGUCUGAAGCGGCACGCGCCAAGCUGCAAGGGACGCCCUCUGUACUGUGCCACGUGCGACAAGACGUUCGACGCAGUGAAGGCGUGGUACAAACACCGUGCCAGCCAUCGGAACGUAGAGAGUAAAAAGUUCCAGUGUCAGUUGUGUCAUAAGCCAUUCACUGCCCGAUCCGGCUCGCUGCAGCACGAGUGGGAAGUUCACAAGUUUAUUCGGCCUGAGCUGGCUGACGAAGUUACGAUUUGCAAAAUGUGCAACAAACCGUGCUACUCGAAGGAUUCUUACGAGCAGCACUUGCAGUCGCACAUGCAUAUCGAAAAUAAGACUUUCCAGUGUAAAAUUUGUGAGAAAUGCUUUGGAUCGGAAAACUGUCUCAAGGGUCACACAACUCGGCAAGAGUGCGAGAAAAAGGUGAUGUUGGGCUCGAAUGGCGUUUACAAUUGUUUCGAGUGCAGCAAAACGUUUUCGCAGCAAAUUUUCCUGAUCCGACACAUGCGUCGGCACGCCCACAUUAUCAACGGUACCUACAAGUGUGACCUCUGUGGGAAGCACUUUGCCUCCAACAAAGAACUCCAAACCCACACGAAAAACUUCCACGAAUUGCGGAAACCCUCGGCGGUGGAUCUUAUCCUGACCGACGAGCGGGGCCACUUCAAGUGUCCCAAGUGUGACACGACGUACGAGAAUCGUCAGUCCUGCCUGAAGCACAUCCUGCGCCACGAGGCGCUCGAAACGGGCAAGUAUCGGUGCCAGAUUUGUGGGCGCGCUUGCACCACAAAGGUCGUGCUGGAAAAGCACCUCAAAACUCAUGAACCCAAGCAGAAUGGUCACUCGGAGCAUAAGAACCAGAACAUGCUUGCGCACAACACCAGCCGGCAAUUGAACGGAGAGUCAAGCAGUGCCGCGGAGGGUUUGUCCACCAAAGACACACAGGUGGCCUGAAAUUGAGUGAUGUACGUUGAGGCAAACAAUCAUUAAAGAACUCUUAUUGAUGGACCUCUUUCUGUUAGUCUGUGUUACAAAAAAUGAUCUCUAUCGAGAAAUUAAAAAGAGAGAUGUGAGCCGGUAACAUGGAGUUAAACUUUUUGAAAAGCCAUGUUAUGCUGCACAGCAACUGCACAGAAAGUUUAACUCCAUGUUGCACUUUUAAUUUUUCGAUAGGUUAGUACGGCGCUCAAGGCACGAUCAAGAUCACAAAAAGAUUUUUCUUGAGCGGUCCCUUAUUAGGUCGAACCGUAAAAAGCAGAAACUAAGAAAUUGAAAAAAAUAUAUAAAAAAACGGGAGCCCAGAAAAUGAAAAAGAAAAAUAUUUAGAUCAAAUAUCAUGAUUCAAAAAUUUAAAAAAAAACUGGGAAUUCAACAUUCAGGAAUUUAAAAACUCAGAUGUUUAGAAAAUCCGAAAUUAAAAAAUUACAAAAUAUUUAUAAUUUAAAAUUUCAGAAAUUCCCAAAUUAAUACUUAAACAAACGGAUAUUCAGAAAUUUCAAUUAUCUUAAAUUCAAGAUUUCCAAAAUUCAAAAUUUUGAACAGAGACAUUAAAUUAAAAAAAAUCAAAACCAAAACCAAACCAUCCACAUUAACGACCCCCGGGUCUUUUGUGGUCUCUAUUGCAAGUUUCUGCUCGAACCUAGGAGUCCGAAGGCUUGAAUAAGGAGAGCACCCAAACCUCUUUUUACUCCAAGGAACCUUCCACCCCAGUGUUUGAACUGACGAUCUUUGGAUUGCGAGUCCAACCGCCGCCAGCGAUUCCACCGGAGUAGGCUUGGUUUGGUGUGUUGUUUGUACUUAUGGCAUGGAGACGACUCCUACACCUGGAAUGACUUAACGGCUUAACAACCAAGGCCGGGACCGACAUUUUACUUCCUCAUCCGAUGGAAGGUUGCAUCAGAUGGGAAUCGAAAUUUAAAAAAACCGAAACUCAAAAAAAUCUAAAAUUUUAAAAGAACAAAAUUUAGAACAUUCAAAAACAAAACACAAAUAACACAAAAUACUUCUAAAAAAAUUUACUAUUCAAGAAUUUAAAAAUUCAGUUAUGUUAAUUCUAUAAUUUAAAUACUGAAAACUUGAAAAAAUAGGGGAACAGCAUCUAAUUUCAGCGUGCCUCUAAUGUAGGCAAGUCAGAACUUUGACAUUCAAUUAAAGCUAAUUAAAAGCGUUUUCAACUGAAAUCGAGUGAUAAAUAGCUCAAUAAGAAGUGAGCAAGCAAGUUUCUAUCAAAAGUUUUGCAAAAUUAGUUGUUUAAAUAGUGAAAAUCAGCAAAUUGGAUGGAGUUAGGAGCGAGUGCUUGACCUGCCAAACAUACGAGAAUUUCCCCUAUAAGUUUAAUAAAAAUCUAAAAAUUCAAAAAUACUGGAGUUUGAAAAUUCAAAAAUUAAAAUAUUCCAAACUUCAGAAAGCUCAAAAAUUCUAAGUUCUAAGAUUUUCUAAAAUUUCAAAAUUCAGACAAUCAAACAUUUAAAGUUCAGAAAAUGAUAAAAUUUUAAUUAGAAAAUUUAACAAAAUUGGAUGGUCAAAUUUUAAAAUCAAUAUUAAUAACUCAAACCCGCUUAAAUUAAGGAGUCUCAAAAGAAGUUCUGAGUAUAAAAACCUAAGUUUUUAUAAAUUCAAAAAAUCAAGGUUUUAAGAAUGAGCAUGAGCAUGAGCAUGGUUGACUGCCAAUGAGCUGCUACUCCGUUAUUGACAGAUCAGCUGAAGUUAAACAAUGAAUCAAAAAUGAUCAGUGGGAGCCAACCAUCCGUUCACUGUUUAACCUCUGAAGACCCCGACUUUAUUAAUCAAUACCGGCGCCCUCCCAAGAAGCCUGCAGUUCAACAAAAGGGAGGAAUGUUAGUCCGAUAGUUGAAGUUCCCUGGGCUUUGUCAUAAUGAGUGUCAUAGGUUUGAUGCUUGUUUGGCAAAGAGUAUGAUUUGAUUCGAUGUGGAAUUAAAAUCGAAGUGUUCAGUAUAUUGCUGAAGCUUCCAUUUUUACACAUGGACACCACUUCAUGCUGCGAGAACCCACUUUGGCGUAGUCUCAGGGCUUAAUCGAUGGCCGGUAAGCUGUCAUCGAGACAAGGAGGUUCUCUGAUAGUGGAAAUAUCACAUUUGUACAAUGAACCGCUACAUAUGUGAUUUUUCCCUAUCUUAAUGUGGGUGUCAGGUUAGGAUGCGGGUUUAAAAAAAUAGUGUUUGUAGAAUUUAGGAUUUUAACUAUAAAUAUCAACUUUUUAUACUUUGCCUUUAGUUAUUUAGGGACAAAAUUAGUAACAGUGAAUUCAGUAAUUCUAUCAGAAUCGGUGAUUUUCAUUCAAGUAGCAUAAAAACCAUUCUGAUUUGUCAAAAUUUCCAUAGAGUCUCGAUCAAUCAAUAGUGAAAUGAUAUCGGACUAAAUUCGUUGAUCUGUUGAACUAACGGUUGUCGGAUUAUGAUUGUAUCGACCAUUGUUGCGAAUCGAGGAUCUACUGGAAUUCUGACGAACAAAUGGUUGUCUCUUUUUCAAUUCACGACUUGUAAAAUAUCAACUGUUAUUUUUUUUUUGUUUUUUAAAAGAAGCCAGACAGGUUUUAAAAGAAACGUUUUUUUUUGUUAAUAAUUAAAAUGUCGGGGAUUUGAGAUAAGAGUAGCUUUCGGAUAAGUUGCUUUAAAUCUUGUAUUCAAUUCAAGUUAGGUAGUUAUCCGCAAAUGAAUAUUUGGACUUAUAUGAAUAAUUGAACAUUUUGGACUUAUGAAUAACACACAACUGUGCAUUUAUUCUAGAGUCAGAUCCAUACAGCGUCAGUGUUUAUUUGGUCGAAGUGUACUAAUUCAUUGGCAGAUCUGGUUCUAGUUGUAAUGUACGACAAGACUACUGACGGACGUGACAGGACGAGGGCCCAGUUUAGAGGUUUCGACAUCAACGAUGUGCGGCUGGAUCACCCUCCCAAAAAAAAAAAAAAAAAAUGUUAGUCCGAUAGUUGAAGUUGCAGACUCAUCAAGCACAUAGUUUUUCGCUAUAUACUUGUUGAUACCGCUUGAGACCGUUGAAUCCACAGCAUCUCCUUCAAGCAUCACGUGAUUAUUUUUUUUUUUUUUGGGUUAGUAGGAUAAGGUAUUGGCUUUUCGAUGCCUCCCGAGCAACGAUGCUAUGGGAAGGUCUUUCUAAUUAGCACACCAAAACACUCGCGCACAGGUAUUUAAAUACUGAAUAAAUGUAAUUUUUCAUCACGAUUACCCAGACGACAUUGAUGAUAUAGGAAGGACUUUUUUACAGUCAUUUGCAGUAAUACUUAAACUUAUUUUAAUGCAACAAUUCACACGACGUCGUACCUCCCGAUCAACGAUGAUAUAGGAAGGACUUGAGCAAGCCAAUCAGGAUGAAACACGAAAUAAAAUUCUUUUCUUUUCACACACAAUGCCACAUAAUUGACCGCGCGUCACCACCCAACUAAUUGAACUGAUUUUCUUCUGCUUGUGGGCAAGCCAACCAGGAUGAAACACGAAAUAAAAUUCUUUUCUUUUCACACACAAUGCCACAUAAUUGACCGCGCGUCACCACCCAACAAAUUGAACUGAUUUUCUUCUGCUUGUGGGCAAGCCAACCAAGAUGAAACACGAAAUAAAAUUCUUUUCUUUUCACACACAAUGCCACAUAAUUGACCGCGCGUCCACAAAAAAUCAAGGUUUUAAGAAUAUAAAAAAAGUAAAUGUUUGGAAAAAAAGAAACAAAUUCAAAAAAAUUAAGAUGAAAAUUUUCAAAGGUUAAGAAAUUCUAAAAUUUGAAAGCUCUUCCUGCAUUUAAAAAUUUAAAUUUUGAAAAAAGCGAUAUUACAAAAUAAAAUAAAAAUUGUAAAGUUCCAUAAUUUCUAAAUUGUCAAAAAUCAAAUUUCAAUAAUCUAGAACUAAAAAAUAAAUCUAAAUUUUUUAAACACAAAAAACUUAAAUUAUAAAAAAUAAGCUAUAAAAAGGAAAAACAUAAAACUACUGAAAUGAAGGAGUUCUAAAAUUUAAAAAAAAUCAUAUCAGAAACGCUUCAAAGUUUAAGAAAAAAAAAAUUUUUUUUAAUUCAAAAGCUUAUUUUUUUUAAAUCUGUAAACAAAUUUUAAUCCUUUUGACAAAUUUGAAUAAAGUUCGUACUUGAUUAUCAGUUGGCCUCGUCAAAACUUUCUUCAGGCAUUCGAAAUAAUAUUUUAAGUUUUUAUUUUUUUAAUUUUUGCAUGGCUUUCUAGUCAGAAAUUUACCAACACAUUCAAAGAAUGUUUACAUGACAGCUGCGGGUUUGUUUGCAUCAGAUCUGCUAUCUCUUUCUAGCAAAAGUUUUUUGUCAUGCGACUUCUAGCUGUUUUUUUUCUGACCGCCCGAUAUGUGUGCCAACAUUAGGUUUUACGCCGACUCGAUUUUUAGGUUAGAAAUUUGACAGCUUGGCUGCACUGUUUACAUUUUUUGCACCUGUGUCUCUGUAAAAAUGUGUGUGCGUGUGCGCUCGUGACGUCACGCUGUAAAACCUAAUAUUGUGGUUUUUGAAAUAAAUCGAAAUAACAGCGCGAGUGUUUUUCAUUUCGCGAAGCAAUUUUCUGUUGUUUCUUUUCAGAGUGUACCUCAAAUGUCACACGCGAAACCAAAACAAUAUUUCGCCGCGGCACCAAACUGAAAUGUCGCCAGUUGAGCUGCGACAAGACUCGCGCCGCGUCUUACACGGAGCAUGGAAUCGAUCACGAAAAUCUACCGGAAAUCGUUCUGUGAGCGUGGAUUCGAUCAUCCGGAUGGACCUUUUCAUGAUGUCUAGCUUGGAGAGUACAAUUACGGCGCUUUUGAUUUUCAAAUUGGUGGCUGGGUCUUUCCAUUUUGACGCUAUAGAGCUUAUUCAAUCGACACCCGCAACAUCCCGCAUCGGCAAAACUCUCCCGGUGAGAGGACACAACGGACCGGAUUGAGGUCCUUCGACAAUGAGGCCACUUAUUUUUGUUUUAUUCAGACGGUAAUCGAUCCGUAAUCAGCAACUUAACCAAGACUUUUUUCCCUUUUGCGUCUUUUCCUGGAGCUGGAAACUGACUGAACUUCAUAAAUUACCCCAAAUGAAACAGUUCUAGUGGUAGUAGAACUAAAAACCAAGUUUUGAAACAAUAAUUUAAUCUAAAGCAUUCCAUUUCCUUGGCAGACCAGAAAAUAUCAGCCACGUUUUUCUCAUCAUCCAAAGCCGUCAAAACAAAAAAAGCAAACACACUGAUUCAAAAUCACUUAAACAUGCUUGACAGAUAUUUCGCGACAGAAAAUCGUCGCGAGAGUUAAACUUGCUCAAUUCGGUUUAGUGCCGCGGCGACAAUAUUUCGCUGGGACUGUGACAGCUCGAGCUCGAUUUGCAUCAGGGCCGAGAUCAGGACACUGUGACGAAAAGAUAUGCAUUUUUGGGAUAAUGCCUAGAAAGUCUUAUUUUGAUUUUUUUCCUUCCGAGCUCCGUACUUAGCUUGUAAUAAAAUAACAUUUCAGUUUAUCCAACAUUUAUUUCAAAAUAUAAAAAUGUGUUUGCUGUACAUA